GGCAACUUCUUUGCCGGCUAAUUUUUCAUCACCGAAGCCACCGUAACUAGGCAGAAAAGGAAACGGAAAUGGGUGUCGAAAUUGUCCCAAUCGCCAACGGUGAUCAAACCACCUUCCCGAAGCCUGGUCAAACUGCGGUCGUUCACUACACCGGAACGCUCGACGAUGGUACGGUGUUCGAUUCGUCGCGUACCCGCGGCAAGCCGUUCAAGUUCUCUGUUGGCCGCGGUGAGGUGAUCAAGGGCUGGGACGAAGGUGUCGCCCAGAUGUCGGUCGGCCAGCGUGCCAAGCUGGUGUGCUCGCCGGACUACGCCUACGGUAGCCGUGGCCAUCCGGGUGUCAUCCCACCGAACGCUCGGUUGACCUUCGACGUGGAGCUGCUGCGAGUAGAAUAAGCGUCGGGGGUUUAAAGGUUUGCGCAUUCGUUUC